UGCGCGCUGACUCGCUUUCGCUUGGCCGGUUACACGGAUCCUCUCGUGAAAAUCCGGAGGCAGUAAACGGAGAGGAGAUCUCAAAGAUCCCAGUUUAAAUCUGAGGUAAUCCGGUACUUUUCACAGGUUUAUAAGUUUAAUAGUCAGAACUGGGUGUGUGUUAAAAGGUAUAGUUUAGCUCAGGGCGGGUUUUAGAGAGAAAGAACGAAGUGAGAGGUGAUAAAAGUGAAGUUUAUUGUUGGUGCUGCGGCGGUCUUGUGAGAGGCAGGGGGUGAGACAGACAUUUUGACAGUGACUGUUGCUGUGAGAUCGGACUGAUGGCGUGUGGAGCCACUCUGAAGCGCUCUCUGGAGUUUGACCCGGUGAUGAAUCAGAACUCCCCGAAGCGGAGGCGCUGUGCCCCGGUGUCUCCCUCCUCCUCCCCGCGGAAGUACCUGCGCCUCGAGCCCUCACCUUUCAGCCAGGUGAACACCACGCCCACUCCAGAACAAAUUCUGCACAACAUUAAACAAGAGUAUAAACGCAUGAAGAGAAGACACCUGGAGAACAGUUUAACAGAUUCCCCUAUCGACUCUCAGCCCAGUACAUCCAUCACCGGUGUGUGUGUGGGCUCGUUGUCCCCCACUAAAAGGGAACAGCCGCUGUUCAGUCUGAAGCAGGUGGGUUUGAUCUGUGAGCGUCAGCUGAAGGAGCGAGAGGAGAAAGUACGAGAGGAGUACGAGGAAACUCUCACCGCUAAACUCGCAGAACAAUACGACACGUUUGUGAAGUUCACUCAUGAUCAGCUCAUGCGCAGGUUUGGAGAGCAGCCCGCUAGCUAUGUGUCAUGAGUGUGUGUGUGUGUGUGUGUGUGUGAGUGUGUGUGUGUAGCGAGUGAGCUACGUUUCGUGUCGUCAGGCCCUGCACUUCCCAUCGUCUCCGGAUUCCACAUCAGUCUAAGGAUUUCUCAGAGCUGUCUGCGGUGCUGCUGCACGCUUCAGCCGUGUGUGUGUGUGUGUGUGUGUGUGUGUGUGUGUUCAGUGAAACGGCAGCUGUGAUUUCCUCAUAUUUAUUACGCUCUCCUUUUUUUGAUGCCUUUUAAAACAUCAGCAUUUAAUUUUUAUUUUUUUCCCCAUCAUGGUGUGUGUGUGUGUGUGUGUGUGUGUGUGUGUGUGAGAGAGAGAGAGAGAGAGAGAGAGAGCAAUAGUGUUUUUCUUGACUUUGUAAAAAUGCCUUCACAUGUACAAAUCAUCAUAUAUUUUGAUGAAAGUUUUUUUGUUGUAAAUUAUUUGCUUUUCCUCCUCCUCUCAGAGCGUUAUGGUUUUACAGCUGUGUGCUUUAACACUUUAUCUGACUUUCAUGUUGAGAUGAUGUAUACAAAUAAACAGUUUACACAAAC